CGUCUUUACACCCCCAAAACAACAUUGGCAAUUGAUGAAAGACCAGCUUUGUAUUAAGAACGGGCAAGACGUGUUCAGUCUUCGCUACGAUACUGGAGUAUCCAACUACAAUUGUGAAGAAAACGCGUGUUUGGACACUGUGGUUAUCCCUCACACCAACUUAUCGGUGUAUGUGAAUAUCAGCAUCAACGGGUGCCGUACUGAUUGGAGUCAGUGGAAGCUGCUUAACGAUGCCAUUGCUCAGUCAAUGACUGAAAGUGGGAUUUGGAAUAGUUUACAGUACCAACCGAGUCUCCACAUCGAUAACGAUGAAAACACCGGGUUCAAGCUUAACUUGAAGUGCCAGGUUAUUCCUCAAUUGCAAAAUGACUUAUCGAAGAUCGAGUCCUUGGGCAGAUUUUGCUUAUUAAUCUUGAACUUCAACUAUAACACCCCAGAGUCAAAGUUAUCGCUUCCCAAAUUGCUCGAGUCUCUACACUAUCUGUUGGCGUCAUUGAUUUUAAACUUGGAAUACAAGUUCCCGUUGGUGUUUUCUGUGCAUGGUAGAAAACUUCUACAAAACAACUAUCCGUGGAUGAUUACCAAUAUUAAUGAAGUAUUAUCGCUUCAACUCGAAAAUGAAACUUCAGUUUAUGAAAAAAACCGAAAUUUGGUGCUCAUGAAACUCAUUUCGGACUUACAGAAAAAGACCCUUAAUGAAUUUAAUACAAUAAACAUAAUGAAAGAAUGUGAUGCUUCAUCUUCCAGAAGAAAAAGCUGCGAAUUUUUCAAAGCAAAAUCCGCUUCCGAUACAAAUUAUGUCUCCCGUACUAGCAUUAAGAAUAUCGUCUACAGCUUUGGCAUAAUCAAUAUCGAGCGUAUCCUAUCCUCAUUAACAAAAUAAGUGAUGCCUCUAGCCUAGUUCCAUGUCCCUUUGGCGAGUCAUUCACUCUUAUUGUUGAUGCCAGCUUUGUUUGUUGUUUUAAGCUUUUGUUUGUCCUUUUGUUUGUCCCUUUUGUUUUAAAAGUAUUUGUGGUUGCACACCCUUUUCAAUCUUUUUUUUGUUCUUUCUGCUUUAAUUUUUU